AUGCCGAAGCCAGCUUCAAUUACGAGUUUGGUAUUGGACCGUGAUGCCCAACUCAUUGACGCGCUAUGGGAAUGGUCAACUUGUGCGGAAUGUCAAGGAAAAUCCAAAUGUGUCCAGGGAGUGUGUCCAGUGGAUCGAUUGAGGCGGUUGAGGUCAUUCCUGCGAUACUUUCACUUUCUCGUCGAUGACUAUGGACUUAAAGCGAGCCAGAGACAUCCUACCGCGACUCCGACAAGCUACGACGAGUUGUUCAAACUCAUCCGAGAGUUGAAGUCCAAGUCGAAUGCGACAAAAGAUCAGAUAGCUCCUGUAUUUUUCAGCCAGCUGCCCUCUUCGACGAGACAGUCUGCUGGAAAAACAUUGAAGCCUGAAUUGAGGCUCUUGUUGAUGGUGGAUUGUUCCACUAGUCCCCUCAAUACCUUUGACGAGCUCGAGGCUGGAGACCUCCAGCCACCCUGGCAUGGAGAUGUAACACUGGAAGAUUCCUCUCUUCCCGGUUUCCUCUAG